UGAGAGCAGCGGCCGCGGCCCUGGCGCUGGGCGCAGGAGGCCGGGGCUGCUCCUCGGCGGCCGCCGCCGCUGCGGCUCGGGGGUGCGGACCGGCCGUGGACGGCGGAGGAGGCGCCACCUGAGCUCCGGAAGGCGCUGCCGAGGGCAGGCCGAGGGCCCUGGGGACCGAGCAGGCGCCGAGGUCCGGGCGGGCCUUCGGUCCUGACAGCCCAGUGCCCAGGAUGCCCCACAAGAUUGGCUUCGUUGUCGUCAGCUCGUCUGGACACGAAGAUGGCUUCAGCGCCCGGGAACUGAUGAUCCACGCACCAACCGUCGGCGGGUGGAGGUCACCGAGAUUUUGCCAGUUUCCACAAGAAAUCGUUCUUCAGAUGGUGGAGAGGUGUCGAAUCAGGAAGCUGCAGCUGCUUGCCCACCAGUACAUGAUCCCAAGUAAAGUGGAGUUCUACAUCAGCGAGAGCCUGCCCGAGUACUUUGUGCCCUACCAGGCGGAGCGGUUCCGGAGACUUGGCUACAUCUCUCUCUGUGACAAUGAGAAGACAGGCUGCAAAGCCCGGGAGCUGAAGUCCGUCUACGUGGAUGCAGUAGGACAGUUCCUGAAGCUGAUUUUUCACGAGAACCACGUCAACAAGUACAACAUAUACAAUCAGGUUGCUCUGGUUGCAGUAAAUAUCAUUGGAGACCCUGCAGAUUUCAGUGAUGAAAGCAAUAUUACCUCUAGAGAGAAGCUGAUUGAUCAUUAUCUGGGGCACAACAGCGAGGACCCAGCUCUGGAAGGAACUUGUACUGGGAAAUCUGACUAUAUUUCUCCACUGGAUGACUUAGCUUUUGAUAUGUACCAAGAUCCAGAAGUUGCCCAGAUUAUACGCAAAUUAGAUGAAAGAAAACGUGAAGCCGUCCAAAAGGAACGCUACGACUAUGCCAAGAAGCUGAAACAAGCUAUUGCUGACUUGCAAAAGGUCGGAGAGCGGCUCGGGCGCUACGAGGUGGAGAAGCGCUGUGCGGUGGAGAAGGAGGACUACGACCUGGCCAAGGAGAAGAAGCAGCAGAUGGAGCGGUUCCGAAGCCAGGUGUACGAGCAGCUGCAGCUGCAUAGCCUGGUGGACGGCGAGCCGAUGCGAAGGCCUUCCGACUUGCCCGCCCAGCCCCUUGCUCACUCUGCCAGUCCUCACCACCAACAGCCAGUGCCGUCCCUGCUGCAAGAAGAAAGCACACCAGAAAGCCGGUUUGCAGAGCCUUUCCUUCAGGAAAAGCCUCCAGCGCAUGCCCUGGGCCCUUCUCAGCACUCCACAGUGGACCCGUCACCACGCGCCACAGACCUUCAUCUCAAGACCCAUCUCCAGUCCGUGCCCUACGACGAGCGGCCCCUUCCUGCCUCGCGGAAGCAGCCAGCAGUGGCCCUGGAACCAGAAAAGAGUGACAGUGAUGUCAGCGAGGCUCCCAGGGGAGGUGCGGCUGGAGAGCCGGAGCCCUUGACGGAGAAGGCCCUGAGGGAGGCCGGCCCCGCCAUGGACGUGCUCGGAGAGAGCCUGGUCGCGGGGGCCUAUUCCAAGACGUGGUCGUACCGGGAGGACGCGCUGCUUGCCCUGUAUAAGCGGCUGAUGGAGACGCCUGCUGGAACCGCGAAGGAAGAGCUGAAGAGCAUGCUGCGCGCGUCCAUCUUUCUCGUGAGAAGAGCCCUCAGGGACAUAGUGACCCCGGUUUUUCAGGCUUCUUUGAAAUUGUUGAAAAUGAUAAUUACGCAAUAUAUUCCUAAACACAAACUGGGUAAGCUCGAAACCGCUCACUGUGUGGAAAGAACCAUCCCCGUCCUGCUCACCAGGGCUGGAGACUCUUCUGCUCGCCUCCGAGUCACAGCUUCCAAUUUUAUUCAGGAAAUGGCCUUGUUCAAGGAGGUUAGGUCUCUCCAAAUUAUUCCAUCUUACCUGGUGCAGCCAUUAAAAGCCAACUCUUCGAAUCAUCUGGCAAUGAGUCAGAUAGGCCUCCUGGCCCGGCUUCUGAAAGACCUGGGCACCGGGAGCAUGGGCUUCACCAUCGAUAACGUGAUGAAGUUUUCAGUGAGCGCCCUGGAGCACAGAGUGUAUGAGGUUCGAGAGACAGCGGUUAGAGUUAUUUUGGACAUGUAUAAACAGCACCGGGCUUUUAUUCUAGAGUACCUCCCUCCUGACGACAACACCACACGCAAGAAUGUUCUCUAUAAAACAAUUUUUGAGGGAUUUGCUAAAAUAGAUGGCAGACCUACAGAAGCUGAAAUUAGGGCACAGAAGAAAGCAGCUACAGAAGAAGCAGAAAAACGAAAGAAAGAAGAAAUUAAAGCUUUACAAGGGCAGUUGGCCGCACUCAAGGACAUUCAGGCCGAAGCUCAGGGGAAAGAAGGCCCCUCAGUGGAGGCGGAGAGUCAGGACACACAAGGAGGGAAAGCAGCCCCAGCGCCGGCUCCAGAGGUCCCAGAUAAUCACUAUUUAGAUAAUUUGUGCAUCUUCUGUGGGGAAAGGAGUGAGUCCUUCACAGAAGAGGGGCUGGACCGUCACUACUGGAAGCGCUGCCCCGUGCUGACGAGGUGCGCCCACUGCAAACAGGUGGUGGAGAUCUCCAGCCUGACGGAGCACUUGCUGACAGAAUGCGACAAGAAAGACGGGUUUGGAAAGUGUUACCGCUGCAGCGAGGCUGUUCUGAAGGAAGAGCUGCCCAGACACAUAAAAACGAAGGAGUGCAACCCUGCCAAACCAGAGAAGCUGGCAAACCGGUGUCCUCUGUGCCAUGAGAACUUCUCCCCUGGAGAGGAGGCGUGGAAAGCUCACCUCAUGGGCCCCGCUGGCUGCACGAUGAACCUGCGUAAGACCCACGUGCUGCCCAAGGCACCCACUCUGCCGCCGGCAGGUAAAGGCCCAGCCGUGGCCAAAUCAGGGACCUCAGGAUCAAAGGUUGGAAGCAAGAUCCCAACCCCGAAGGGACUGAGCAAAAGCUCUGGCAGGACAUACACGAAGCGGUGACAUGACACGCAUUCUGCCUCCUUUGUCCCCACAAGGGACGGAGCAAGUUUCCUGACUGUGAACCAUUUCUCCUAAAAUCCGUCCUUGGACGUGGUGACCCGUCCACCGCCCCCGCUGUCCCUCGGCUCUCGGCCCCACUCGUCCUUACCUGUCGGGCCGGGUGUGCGGCUGACCGAAGAACCUGCAUCCCGGGGCUAGGACCAAACCCGCCGCAGCCUCAAGCAGCCGGGCGUCUGACCUCCCAGCCCAGUGGGAACAGAAGAGCAUCAGCGUGUUUGAAGAGCACCGACCCCGCUGCCCGGGCGGGUCAGCACGCGGAGGGCGUAACGCGAGCACAGCGCUCUCCCCUCGUGUGCUCGCCGUCACUUCCAUAAAGGCUUCGCUGUGAACCUGGUGCAUGGUGGUCUCUCACACGUGGCAGAAUGCCCGCCGGGCCUUGGCCCCCGGGCAGUGGUAACCGGCCGGGAGAGAGACGGCGGGCGCGAGUCUCACCGGGCCCCGUCCCCCCCGCCGGGCGCGGUCUGCCCGCCCCUGCCUGGCGCACCUUCUCACCCGUGUCCACGGAGCCCACGCUCCCCACUCUCACAGGUCACCGCGCGUGGGUCCCCCUGCGGCACUCGUGAGGAGCGCCGGGGCCCGUGAGGAACGUGGGGUCCGCGGCAGUCCCCCCUGCUCCGAGUCAGGGCUAUGCUCAGGGCGCUUACGUCCCCUACACGUGUGCAGCCCCCAGACAGAAUUAUGAAGUGACUGUCCCCUGAUUGUCCUGAGCUCGCCUGACCACACGUGUCGGUCGAACAACCCUCUCCUAAAACCUAGAGGCAGACGUGGUGUUGUGGACUCUGGCGUGGAGUAGCUUCUACUUCACGUACGUCACAAGUGAGCCUCCAGCCCAGACCGCAGGGCGUCUGCCUCGGGCCUGUCGUGCUGCCCCUCACACGUCUACACUCGAAUUGGGACCAUAAGUUGGUCCUGUGAUACUUCAAACACCAAACACCACUUCCAAUGACGAACCCAGACCCCGCUCCUGGGCAGCCGUCGGGCCCGGGGAGUGGGCCCGCGUGCUUCCUCUGCGGGCGGCCGUGGCGACCAGCCGUGUGCGUCAGCAGUCUGCUGGGAGGCGCCCCGGUGUCCCCCCGCGCAGGGCUGUACUCCCCGCGGCCGAGCCUCCCGGGGACCCGAGGCGGCUGGCCCUUCCUGUCCCACCGUGCGGCCUCCUGAGCGUCAGGCAGGCUUUCCGAACACCAGCGAGAACUGGGCGCGAUGGACGAAAUGUGGACUAAAUGACUAGUGCGUAGGUAUUGUGAGUUCCCAACCGUGUGAAACAACAAAACGUAUUUUAGAAAACCCCUAACGGCUGUUUGAGCGGUGUGCUCCCUGAGUGCGUUCGUGACCGUGAAUCCGCACGACUCAUUCUCCAUUCUGGGCGAACUAAUACCUUCUCAUACACAGCAAGGAUAAGACUAAGAGAAUUACCUUUAAAAACAGUAGCCAAUUAAAAAAUAAAAAGUAUAUGGGGAGAAAUAGCAUAAACCUUCAGUGGACAGAGCAGAGUGCAGAUGCCGACCGAUGACUAAAGGAGCCUUCCUGGCCCGGGAACAGCGGCUCGACCUGCCGGCCCGUCCACGCGCAGACCAGACGCUUCCGUAACCAGAGCAGCGGUGACGCGAGUUAGUGAAGGAACCAUUCGUUCUCCGAUCAAAACUUUCAAAUAUCUGUGUCCUAUUUUCUAUAUAUUGUAACUUAUGUAACUUAAAAAAAUACUUGUAAAAAUACUUAAUUUAGUGAUUGACAAAAUUGGGUGCAUUUAAGACCAGUUAGCAUCAUUGGUUACGGAAGAAUCCUGCAUUUACGUUGAGAUGAUCCCUAGCAGUGACUCGUGGCUACUGAAAGCCUUACAGAGUUAUAGACUAUUAAGGAACCACAAAUAAAACAUAAAAAAUUUGGAAGGAACUGUAAGAUCCCUUGGCCAUUUAUAAAUAAAUAUGUAAAUUUGGAACAGGAAUUAAUAAUUGACUUUUCAUUCCUGAAUAUGUUGUGGGUAUUUAACUAUUUAUUUCUAUUAUUUUCAUAUUUCAGAAUAUUUUAUGAAGCUAAUUUAAAAAAAUGUGUAUAAAUUAGGCAUCAGAAUACACAUGUAAAUACCUUUAAUGAAAAUUUGCAACUUUUUAAUGUUUUAACAUCGUUUUCUAUUUGUCUUUAUUUCAGUUACCAGAAUUAUAAUAUCUAACUAACAUAUUUUUGUUGCUACUUCCGGGGCUAGGGGUCACUUCACCCUGAGCAUGUGAACAUAAUAAAAAGAUCACUAAAA